UCUUCUCUUCCUCAAAAAACACUAAACACACACUUCAAUUUUUCCUCAAGAAAUGGAGAGGGUGAACAAUUUAGCCUCAGAGAGUGCAGUGGUGAUCUUCAGCAAGAGCUCAUGUUGCAUGUGCCACACAACCGAGAGGCUCUUCUCUGAGCUCGGUGUCAAAACCGUUGUCCACGAAAUAGAUGAGAUCGCAAAUGGGAAGGAGAUUGAGCAGGCACUUUCUCGUCUGACUGGACGCACUACACCUGUGCCUGCUGUGUUCAUCGGUGGGAGAUUGAUCGGGUCUACUGAUAAAAUUAUGUCCCUUCAUCUCAGUGGUAACCUGAUCACACUGCUCAAAGAUGCUGGAGCAAUCUGGCUCUAAGUUUGUCAAAAUCUGAUCAAAAUCCGAUAACAUGAUAUUAUUAAUAUUAUUGUUGUUGCCGUAAACCUAUUUUGAGUAGUGAAGCUUUGAGAGUUGCAAGUUUACUGUAUUCUAUUUCU